AUGCCACAAUCAUCAUCAUUACCAUCAAUCCAUAUUCGACCAUUUUUAGGCUUGUUGAUCAUUAUUUCUAGCCUUUUAUUAGUAGUUGGAGUAGUAAAUUGUAAAAUAUCACCAAUUGGACCACCAAUUUCACGUCUAAAAGAUUCAUGGAGUACAACAACCCCUAAAAAUUCCGAUUCUAUUAAAGUACAAAUUGAUUUAUAUGUUGAUUUGGCAUGUAGUGAUUCAGCAGAAUGGUGGACAUCAGUAUUCAAAUCAUUGGAUUCAUAUUAUUUUAGUAAUUCAUCAAGUAGUGCACCAAUUAAAUUAAAUUUACAUUUAUUACCAUUACCAUAUCAUAUUUCAUCCUAUGCAACAAGUAUGAGUUAUAUUGCUAUUAACAAGUAUACAAAUUAUAAUUCAAAAGUAUUGAAAGAAUUAAUUAAUUCAUUCUAUACUAAUCAAUCACCUUUAUAUAAUAAUAUUGUAUCUGAAAUGAAACAAUCUGAAAUGUACAAAUUAAUUUAUACUAAUAAUAUUCAAUCUUUAAAUGUUAUUUCAUGGAAUGAUUAUUUAAAUUUAAUGCUUGAUGGAUCAAUUGAUAUGAGAACUAGAACUUUAUUUAAAUUGUCAACUGCAAAUGGUGUUUUUGCUACUCCAAGUUUUUAUGUUAAUGGUGUUGCUAUUCAAAAUGGUGAAAAUUUCACUUUUAAUGAUUGGGUUUCUCUUUUUAAUAAUGUCAUUGUUAAUAAUUAA